UUUUCAACUAUUUUCGUCGUCCAAUCAAUUGCAGGUUUGACGUCAUGGAAAUAAUGAAGGCACACUCGUGCUAGACUUUUCUAACCUAAACCCAAUUGGUGCGCCUCUUUUCUCUCCCUCCAAAUGCCAUUUUCUAACCCUUCAUAUAUAUAUAUAUGCACGCACUGCCUUUUAGUCUAACUCAUUCACCUAAGCAAAGAUCAAUUCCCCAAGGUUCUUUUUUUUUUUUUUUGUAUCAUCUCUUUGAGUUGAUCUUUUAGUGUCGGUUGACUCGUAAUCUUAUUGUUCUCAAGGCUGGAACCUUUUACACGAAUGACAAAGGUUUUUCCCAACGCUAGUUUUACCAUCGGUGAUGCCAUCUCGGAGAAACAGCCACGGCAGAAUAAGCUGUUAUCGGCGGGUGAAACAAGUGAGGAGACGAUUCUAACCGUUUGGAAAAAGUCAUUGCUUUUCAACUGUAAUGGCUUCACGGUGUUCGAUUCUAAAGGUGACUUGGUUUUCAGGGUCGAUAAUUACAUGGAAGGCAAUAAGGGUGAGAUCCUUCUCAUGGAUGCCAGUGGCAACCCUCUCCUCACUAUCCGCCGCAAGAAAAUGAGCCUCGGUGAUAGUUGGCUGGUUUACGAGGGAGAAUCCAUGGAGAAGCCCCGACUUUGCGUUAAGAAAUCAGUGAAUAUCUUAAGCAAGUGCUUGGCUUACGUUAGCUCCGGCAACAAUAACAGUCGGAAUAACAUCAUGUACGAGAUUGAAGGCUCGUAUUCGCAACGAAAUUGCGCUGUUUUCGAUGAUAAGAGGCGGUUAGUAGCCGAAAUCAAGCGGAAAGAAGCUGUUGGCGGUGUCGCCUUUGGAACCGACGUCUUCCGCCUUAUUGUUUGGCCGGGAUAUAUCACAACGGACUCCGCCAUGGCUCUACUUAUCCUUCUCGAUCAAAUGUUCGGAUCUUCCAGACGAUAAAACUUUCUUUUUCUUCAACCGAAAACAUCUUUGGUUUCUAUGAACUUUCUCCGGUCGUCCCCAGUAAAUCAUUUCACUUUUGUUAGAACCAAAAAAAAAAAGAAAAAAAAAGAAACUGAAGUUGGUUUUAUUGAUCUUGGGGCUUGGUUUUUUCGUUUUAGAUAAAAAACCAAAGGUCCCAAUGGGGAUGUACAUGCGUUCAACAGAUCAAAGAAUAAAAAAUUUUCAAUCUCCAUUAUUGUUAUGAUGUGAUCUGGGUUUGUUCUUUGUAGAGAUAAAAUCAAAAGGAAAAUCCAAGAACAUGAUAAGUUGGUUUUCUAUAUAUAUCGUAUUAGUGACGAUAGAGAUGGGAUCUUAGCCCACGAGGGAAAAUAAAAAGCUUACAGACCAUAUUGCCAAUGCGAAACUUCAUUGUCGGUCAUGCUUAAAAAAAGGAAUAGAAA